AUGGCUUUCACUCAAACUUCAAAAGGAGCCCGGAAAGAUGGACCAAGGAUAAAUGGUGGAAAGAGUAAAUACACUGUUGGUGAUACUGUAAAUAUUAAUUGCACAUCGUCCAAAUCUCAGCCACCUGCAGAACUACAUUGGUACAUAAAUGACAGAGAAGCCAAACUUGAACAACUCUUACUCCAUAAACCUGUCACAUAUAUUGAUGGAAAAGUAUCUACUGUUUUGGGACUACGGUUCACAGUUAAACAUAGACAUUUCCAAAAAAAUGAAAUGAGGUUACGUUGUACAGCCACUCUCUCGAAAGUCAAGACUAUGGCAAGUGAACCUCUGGAAGCAGAGUUUUCAGAGCAACAAAUGUCAGAUCUGCACGUGGACUUUAAUGCAGGGGCAGUUCCCAGUGGAAGCUUUCAUAAACAUGACUCAUUUACCAAGAUUUCAUUUUCGGUGCUUUUGACUUUUAUUUCGCAAUAUUUGAUUUGAGGAAACCGUUUCAACUUUUAUGAAAUUUGACCAUCAUCUUCCUUCUUUUAAUCUCUGUGAUUUCAAAUUUGAAAUGGAUUGAUGAUAUCUGUGAUGAUUGAAGUACACAGAACGAAGAAUUCAAUGCCAAUUGAUGUCCAUGUUGUCACUGAAUGAUAUACCAUCACACUGUUACUUUGUGUUUUUUGGAAAAUAAAAAAUUUUGGAAAAGUUCAACGCUCGAGAAUUGGAGAAAGAAAAUAUCCUCAGAUAUUUUCUCACAUCUCAUCAGAAACUCCAUUCAAUAUAUGCAUCAUCACGAAAAGAAUGUUUUGUGAAACUGAUACAGAUAUGUUCCUGAUUAAGACCUCAGUUAAGUUUAAAAUAUUAAUAAAAAAAGCAAUUUCCACGGCUUCUGUUCACUACAUGUAAAUCAUAUCUUUAUUUACUUUAAUUCUUUUCAACAUAUUUAACAACUAACUUAAUGAAACUCAUUUCAUUGGCCUUAAUUUCGAUCGAGUAAAAACGCCAACAAGAAGUAGAAUAAAUGAAUAAAACUCAAAUGAAUUUGAUGAAACUGAUGAACUCCAAUGAUUUUUUCUCUUGAUAUUUUACGUCGAUUGCAUCGGGUUUCCUAGUUGUAAUGUUUUAAUUAAACCACAUGUGAGUAAAAACUUUUCACUUAAGCGUCAUUGCAAAGCUCUGUUGAUGAUUCUCCAUGAUUUUCUUAAAUUGAGAAAAAAUUAUGGAAAAUGAGAAAUAUAUCAGUACAAAUUCAUUAAGAGUUGUAAAAAAAAUGAUGAAAAUUUUCAAUAAAUAUAUCUUUGGAAGAGUUAGUGGCUCCCAGCAUUUCAGUCCCUAAACAUUACUUUACAAAAUUGAGCUAUAAACGCUAUGUUCUUAACAAAUUUUAUUGCAUCUUUGCGACUAGUAAAGUGCUGAGUUAUAGAACUGGAAUACUUCAAUACAAUUUACAUGAAUUUAAAAAAAUGUCGUAUCGAAAGGUUUCCAGAUAGUUCCAACAGAAAUUCUCAGUAAGAGAAAUUCAUAAAAUACUUUUUUGCUAUACGUCAAAGAUAUGAAGUAACCAUAAAGAGUGGUUAUAAGAAAAGAAUCCAUUAUCAUUGUAUAUUUUUUCUGUUUUCCAGAAUUUUAACAUUCGAAUGCAUUCUAAAUCAAGUUUGAAAAAGCAAAGUUUACUGGCGUGAAGGCUACUUUCAUGUCUACUAACAGAGAUAAUUUGUUAAACGAAACUGAUAACUAUAUUACAUAAGUUAUAUUACCAGUUUAACAUUUUCAGCAUGCAGUUAAUAAGCUAUACACACUUGAUAAAAACUCAAAACCACAUCUGUUUAUUUUCUACAAAAAACAAUCUGAUAUAAGUUAAUUUAUUUAUUGGUGCUAUGUUGAAAAUGCUUUAUAAAUUUUUUCUAAUGUCGAAGUGUAGCUCUUUACGUUAUUUAAAUCCGAAAAAAACAUUACUAUAUACAAAGAAUAAUUUAUUUAGAACGAUUUAUUAAGAAUGAAUUUGCAAACCUCCAAACAUUCAAAUGAAAACUCAGUCUGCAAUUUUAAAAAC